UUAUACAUUUUAUCAUUGUUUUGUGCAUGAAGUAAGCUUCAAGUACAAUGCAACGUUUCAAGUUUCUCAUCAUGAAGACUCGCAUUUUAAAUGUUGAUCCUUAACUGAUCUUAAUUAAAUGAACUUCUCAGUUUUGCGAUCUCUUACCGAAAUAAGAACGAAAGUUAUUAAAUGGAACGCAACUAUUUUAAGAUGGCCGAAAAACUGGAAGUUGUGUCACAGCAGUUUUCAAACCCAAUAAAAAUACUAAAAUGGAAAGUAAGCGAAGGCUAUUUUGUUUCAAUGGGCACUAUUUUGCUUAUUUAUGAUGUUGGACUCAAUACGAAGAAGGAACAAAGAAAAUUAAAGUCGACACGAGCUGGUUCUGUUUAUAAACUCCUGGCCGAUGAAGGCGCCAUCGUAAAUCCAGGUGAAUCCUUGUUGGAAUUAAAACCAUGUAUUCAUCCCACAGUGAUGAAAGACAUGUGUGCUGAAUGUGGAGCUGAUUUAAGAAAAGAAGAAUUAGAUUCAACGGCUUCAGUUCCCAUGAUUCAUUCAGUACCUGAUCUUAAAGUUAGCAAAGAGCUUGCCCAUAAAAUAGGAAAGGCAGAUGAAGAACGUCUCCUGCAUGAUAGAAAACUUGUUUUACUUGUAGAUUUAGACCAAACUCUUAUACAUACAACUAAUGAUAUAAUUCCUCCCAAUAUCAAAGAUGUUUAUCAUUUCCAACUGUAUGGACCCCACUCUCCUUGGUAUCAUACAAGAUUACGACCAGGCACGCAACGAUUUCUAACAAACAUAUUUCCUUAUUUUGAACUUCAUAUUUGCACAUUUGGUGCAAGAAAUUAUGCUCAUAAAAUUACACAGUUGUUAGAUCCAGAUGGAAGAUUUUUUUCCAAUCGAGUUCUUUCAAGAGAUGAAUGCUUCAACCCUACCAGCAAAACUGCAAACUUAAGCUCUCUAUUUCCAUGUGGUGAUCAUAUGGUAUGCAUUAUUGAUGAUAGGGAAGAUGUUUGGUCAUAUGCCACUAAUUUAAUUCAUGUAAAGCCGUAUCAUUUUUUCCAACACACUGGUGAUAUCAAUGCUCCCCCAGGUCUUGAUAAACAUGAAGAUGAUGAAAAAGUAGGUGUUGACCUUACCAAAAUGGUUCCCAAAGAAGAUAAAAGCACAAAUACUGAAGAGAAUACUUCUGAAAAUGCUGAAGAAUCAGAGAAUUUGAAAGAAAAUUUCCAUGAAGGAGAUAAUACAGAAGAAACAGAAAAGAAUGAAGAAAAUGUACAAAAAGACAAAAUAGUAGGUGUUUCAAGUAAAGAAGAUGAGGAUAUUGAAAAAGGAUCAAAGAAAAUAAAUGGUACAAUACAAAAUAGUGGGCAACUAGAAGCAAAUGAGCCAUGUAAAGUAAGUGGAUCACCAAAUCAAGUUAGUAAAAGGACCUGUGAUAAAGCUAUGCAAGUAGAAAGUUCUUCAGAGAAACAUGAAGGAACUCUUACUGAAACCAAUUUGGAAACAUGUCUACAAUCUAGUCAAGAAGAUGAAUAUAACCCAAAUGUUGACAUCGAUAAAAAUAUUGCAAAAUCUUCACUCAAUUCCUCACUGAACUUAAUAGUCAUAGACGAUCCUGAUGACUAUCUUCUUUAUUUGGAAGAUAUUCUUAAAAAAGUUCACAAGACAUUUUAUGAACAUUUCGAUGUAAUGGAAUCAGGGGUUGUACCAGACUUAAAAAAAAUUAUUCCAGGAGUGAAGAGUCAAAUAUUACAGGACACAAAAUUAUGUUUUAGCGGUCUGGUACCCACGCACAUUAAAUUAGAACAGUCGAAAGCGUUUCAAAUUGCUAGAAGCUUGGGCGCAGAGGUAACACAAGAUUUGGAAGAAGACACGACCCAUCUGGUUGCAGUACGACGAGGAACAGCAAAAGUUAACGCUGGACGUAGGAAAAAAAAUCUUCAUAUAGUUACUCCGGAUUGGUUAUGGGCGUGCGCAGAAAGAUGGGAACGAGCCUCCGAAAAGUUGUUCCCAUUGAGUAAUAAGGGCUCGAAAAAUCGGCAUCCACCUCCUCAUUGUAGCAGUCCCGAACAUGUUUCUGAGUACGGGGUGCAUAACGCUCCGGCAGUUAGAAAGCGGACUGACAGUGGGCGAUUUAUGGACACCAUCAAUCCACUGAUGUCGUUUUCCACAGAUGACAUCGCUGAUAUGGACAAAGAGGUCGAAGAUACAUUGGAGGAUGGGGACAGUGAAAGUGAACGAGAUGCUCCACGAUCUGCAGAAGAUCCCGAAAGACUUAACGAGGACCAGGAAAUGGCAAAGGAUUACAUUACAGAUGUUCAAAAGGAAACAGAAAACAGUAGUUCUGAUGAGUCAAUAACUGCUGAGAUGCCGCGAGGUCACAAACGUUCAUUGAAGAGAAGACGACGUCACGUUCACUACGCACAUGAUGACGAUGAUGAAAUCGGAUUGGACGACAACGAAUCAUCGGACAGUGACUCUCCGAGUGUAAAAUUUCGCAGAGGUGAAGACAUAACUAGCGAAGUAGAUAUGGAGGGCGAUUCGAAUAGUGAGGGGAGCAUUGAUGCACCAGACGAAAUCGACGAUGGUGAAUGGAACAUGAUGGGAGCUGCUUUAGAAAGAGAGUUUUUAUCGAACAACUGAGAGCCCGAAUUAAGUGUGAGUUCUUAGACCUUUUUUCCAAUAUUUCGAUCAUGAAGAAAAAAGACAAAUCGAUCUCAAUUGAAAACUGCUACAUAUUACAGUGGCGUAAUUUGACAUUCUUGUAAUUUUAAAACUCGUUUCGUUCAUGUUGGAUGGAAAGUUCUAUCUAAAGUACUUUAUUUAUUUUAUAAUAAUUCUGUUCAAUUGCAUUGAAUUUCUUCAAUGUGCUGAUAAUCGUGAGUGAUUUUUUAUAAUAUUCACCAAUCGUGUACAGGGUUAUAAAUUUUUAACGAACUUUAAAAAAGGAAAUUUUUUAUUUUGAGCUUUCGCGUUCAAUUUUUGCUAAUAAAGGUAUUAAUAAUUGAAUAGUAGGAUGUUUUCAAACGCUAUCACGAAAAACAUACUUCAUUAAUUGAAAGUCGUAUUUUUCAAUCCCUCGCAAAAGAUAUUAAAAUCAGGAUGUUUUUUAGGUACCUUUUAAUUUUGUGUUAAACAUAUUUUUUAAAAGAGAAAUAUGUACAUAUAUCAAAGUUAAGUUGAUAGUUUGUUUUCCAUUUUAUGAAUUUUGUUGUCUUUUAUAUUUGCAGUAGUUGUUUAACAUUAUUCCAACAAACUUCAUAAAAUAAAAAAGUAAAACAUCAUUUCUUCAUCAAGAACAAGGAAUUUGGUUCGAACCCUACAUAAAUUUCAAAUCUGUGUUCUGUAGUGUAUGCGUUGUAUUAUUUUAUGUGUAUGAUGGUAUUAGAAUUUCCAGCUUGAAUAUUGGUAUGCAUUAUUAGCUUUGAACAUCUUACUGAACGAAACGUUUGUUGUUGCACUUAAUGCAAAAAUAUCUAAAAAAAUAUUCCGCUUUCUAUUGUUAUUUUAUUUUACACGGUAUAAUGUUGGUUGGUCAUUUCAUACCAGUGCAUGUGUAAAAAUUUCUAAUGCAUACAGUUUAUGAUUUUCAUCAACCUCUUAAGAUACAUUUUUUUAUCAUAUUUUUUGUAAUUUCUCUAUCAAAAUACUGUUAUUUUACUUAUUUUUACAUGAGAAAAGUCAAAUAUCGUACAUAUAAUACUUACAUUACGACAUGCAAUAAUUGGGCCUCAUUAAAAACGCCAAAUAAGUAAUUUUAUAAGGAAUCUUAUUUAUUCUGUACUUUUUUUGUAAGUAUAAAUGAUGUGAUUAUAAUUAAAACAAGAAAAAAUUGAAAUAUACCCAGUUUGUUUGUUGUAGAUUAAAGUAGUUAAAGCAGAAAUUAUAAGUAUUUUUUAAAAUUAAUUAAUUAUUUCAUUAAUAUUACUGUUUUAUAGACAACUGAUAAAGAGAAAUGUUUUUAUUUUACAUAGUAUUGUUCUUUCGCCACAAUUUUUGAAUAUUAAUUGAAGUUUCCACUUUCUUUCUGGAAACAGUUUAUCAAAUUUUUGCAAGGGGAUGUAAAACACCAGAAUGGUCAAAUUUGUCUCUUUAAACUAUCAGUCACAAAACACAAAUCUUAAUCAAAAUUGUUUAGGAUCAAGAAAUGCAAUGUGUUUUCUUA